AUGGUAGUUAGAAGACCACGAGAUGGUCUAGUGGCUGGUGACCCUGCGGAAGGACCCACUACAGAGGACAAGUACAUGAUUUAUUCGGACAUUACGCAGAAGGUCGAUCAUUUCUCGAACGGGACAAAUAAUGGAGUUUGGAGACAGAGAUACCAAUACAACUCAAAAUUCUAUAACAAAACUACCGGAUACGUUUUCUUAAUGCUUGGAGGUGAAGGCUCUAUUAAUGUAACAAAUGGAGACAAGUGGGUCCGUCAUGAAGGAGAGACCAUGAUGAAAUGGGUGGCCGAGUUUCAAGCAGCCGCUUUUCAAGUCGAGCACAGAUUUUAUGGAUCUAAAGAAUAUUCCCCAAUUGGAGAUCAAACAACUGCAAGCAUGAAGCUUUUGACAAUUGAUCAGGCUCUUGCUGAUAUUAAAGAGUUUAUUACUCAAAUGAAUGCACUUUAUUUCAAAGAUGAUAAACCAAUUUGGGUGACAUUCGGAGGAUCAUAUCCUGGAUCAUUGUCUGCUUUCUUUAGAGAAACAUAUCCAGAAAUGACUGCAGGAGCUGUGUCGUCUUCUUCUGCUGUUCAUGUAUUUGUGGAUUAUUAUGGAUAUGUUAUUAACAACUUAUAAAACGUUGUAAACACAACAAAAAUUUACAACUCUUCCUCACGCCAAAAUUAAAAUAUGAACUCGGGCUUCUCUUACAAAAGAAAUCAAGGCAACGGUUUCGACCUUCACGUGAAACGUUGAUGUGGAUGACCCCCCCCUCCUAUAUUUCGAUAGGAUGGAAAAAAUUUUGAAAAAUAAUCAGUGUUUCUUUCCGAUGGAGCUUGAAGAAGUCCCCAAUCACAAUGAGGCGAGGCCGACAAUGAUUCAAUCUAAUCAAACAAAGAUGCAUCCAAUACUGAUCUGGAUCCAGAUCAUAUACAAAUUUUUGAUGAGCUCUGCGGUGUUUGUGGGACUGUUUUCUACAAUUGUUCAACUUAUUGUUGGAAUAUUAUCAAUUAUCAAAUGGUCUAGCUUAGAAAUUAAUAAUGGAAAGAGAAAAUACUCCAUAGUGGUUUUUCGUAACAAGCUGCUCAUUCAAGGAGUGUCCACGUGUGUCUCAACUAUUGUGUUCUGGCUAGUUGUCUUGAUAUGUUUGGUUCGACAGCUAUGCAAAUCAGGAUGGAAAUUUGAAGCGAUUCUGGUGUUCUCGGUCAAGUUCAGCUUUGAACUACUAGCGGUUCCUUGGUUUUUGUGUGUCAGUAUUGGUUUUUAAUGUUGGAUGAGGAGCCGAACUGGAAUUUAUUCGAAAUUUUUCUAUACCACCUUAUUUCUUCAUUUUUAGCUGUGACUGUUCUUUUCACAACUGUUUUCCCUUUUGAUUUUAAACCAAAUAUAACUUUUUCAAAAUACGAGAAUAUAUUUUUGAUUAUAUUAUGGGUUGUCAUUUUUCUGCUUCACUUCCUACCUUCUUAUUAUUCGAAGUGGUUUCCAGCCAACUACGUUAUUUCGCCAGUCGUCAGCUUCUCUUCAAACAUUUGUUGUAUUCGAUUAUGCACGAUUUUAGCUAAUUGGCGAUAUAAGAAAUCGGCGGGUGGAAAUGUGCCAUCUAAAAUGGACCGCAAUGUUAAUCCAAUUCAACAAGUUGCUACUGAUAACGGAAAUGGUGCCAUCGCUGUGGACCAAACUUCGAACGUUGCUACGGAUAGCGAUAAUGUUACCGUCAAUAUUAGUUCAACUCUUCAGCAGGAUGUGCUCAAAUGA